UGAUUAUGUAACUAAAGCGGCCUCUAGUUAUAAAAUAAAUAAAUUUUGCGGAGAAGUGACGGAACUCCGCGACUCUAUUCUCACAACUCCGCCAACCCAUAUCUCCUGGGUUGAUUUCGCAAACCGUUUGCUCUGUUAGAAACUUGAACAGGACACACUGGAAUUUAGUGAGCUGCUACAGGAGAUCGAGAGAUUGGCAGUCAGCUCCCUCUGUUUAUCCACCAGCCACUUGCUGGGUCGGGCGAAUAUGCCGAGGACGCUCCUCUCCUCCGCCGCCGCCCUUCGGCGAAUAGGGGCAUCUCCAGCACGUUCUGUAACGCGCAAUACUUCUUUUCCAGCUGCCAGAAACAAUAUAUGCAUAUUCUGUCAGCAUAAGACAUGGCGACCGUCCCUCGCGAUUCGGAAUUUCCAUGACUCUCGCAGACUAUUAGCCGGUGCCAAUGCGAACCCAGCGUCCAAUCCGCCCCCGAACACCUCCGCUAUAUCCGAGCCACCUACGUCCCAGAAUGCCGAGAAAAACUCGACAGGUGAAGCUGACUCUCUGAUCAACAAACCCCCAGAUAUCUCUACCCACUACUCCAUCUUCCCCAACACCAUUCCCAACCCACCACCCAAGGGCCCCUUCGACAUCUCCGUUCCCGACCUCCGACAGGAAUUUCUGCGCCUUCAAGGCCGCGCACAUCCUGAUAAGUAUCCGCCAGGCCCAAAGAAACAGAGUGCAGAAGCACUCUCCGCUCGCAUCAAUGAAGCAUACCGUGCUCUUUCUGAUCCAUUGAGCCGUGCCCAGUAUCUUCUCGCCUCUCAGCACGGCAUCGACGUGACAGCGGAAGAUGGUGCCAAGGAUCACCCUCAAGAUAUGGAGACGUUGAUGCAGACGCUUGAAGUCCAGGAGAUCAUUGAGGAGGCACAGGAUGAGAUUAUCGUUGCGCGAUUGAAGGACGAGAAUGAGGAGAGGAUUAAGGGAUGUGUUACAAGCCUGGGGAAUGCGUUUAAUCAAGGUGAUAUUGAGGAGGCAAGAAAGCAGUGUGUGAGAUUGAGAUUUUGGUAUAACAUUCGAGACGGGUUGCGGGACUGGGAGCCUGGAAAGAACCUGAGAUUGAUACAUUAGUCAGAUUACGGGAAACCUGUUUCUAUUUCUUUUUGUUGUUCUGAUAACUAUCUACCAUGUUAAUGCAUAUACCAUUUGAAUAGAACCUGAGGGAUGAUUUCAGCUCUGUUCAUCGGUGGCGGUUAUCCCCUUUUUGACAUGAAGACUUGUUAGAACAAACCACCAAGCUAUGUCUAGUCCUCACAUAUUUGCAAGAGAAUGAUAUGAUAUAUCACCGGCUAGUGCUGGAUCUGGAACCCUUCACCGCUCCAUCCGUAAACUGGUCCUCGAGCUGCUUGACGGGGUCGGUUUUGCUUUUUCUGCUAAUCUCGAAGUAUCCAUUUUUCUCA